AUGCACAGGUACAUGGGUACUUUGGGCUCCCAGGUCAUGUGCAACAACAUUCCCGGCCUGGUGAGCAAACAACGCCAAAUAUGCCGCCAGCAACCCAAGGUGAUGCAAGCCAUCGGGCUGGGAAUGAAGGACUGGAUCACCGAGUGCCAGCAUCAGUUCCGAAAUCACCGCUGGAACUGCAACACAACAGCCAGGGGAAAAAACCUAUUCGGACGCCUGUUGCUACGCAGCACCCGAGAAGUAGCCUUUGUCUAUGCCAUCUCUUCGGCUGGAGUUGUGUAUACAUUGGCCCGAGCCUGCAGUCAAGGAGAGCUGGUUUCCUGCUCCUGCGAUCCUACCAAGAAGGGCUCGUCAUGGGACCCUAAGGGUUCUUUUAACUGGGGAGGUUGCAGUGACCAUGUGAAACAUGCCAUGCGCUUCAGCCAAAACUUUGUGGACGCCAAAGAGAGGAAGGAGAAGGACGCCAGAGCACUCAUGAACCUUCACAACAAUAGAGCUGGCAGGAGGGCAGUGAAGCGUUUCAUGACUCUGGAGUGUAAAUGUCAUGGUGUCAGUGGCUCCUGCAGUCUCAGAACCUGCUGGCUGGCUAUGGCUGACUUCCGUCACACCGGCAACCACCUGUGGAAGAGGUACAAUGCUGCUGUGCAGGUAGCAGUUAACCAGUAUGGUACUGGUUUCACAGCUGCACAUUCACACUUCAAACCUCCCACCCACAAUGACCUAGUCUACCUUGAGGAUUCUCCAGACUACUGCAUACGGGAUCAGGAGUCAGGGACGAUGGGAACCAGAGGGCGGCUCUGCCAGCGGAUGUCUCGGGGUGCAGACAGCUGUGAGGCGAUGUGCUGCGGCCGAGGUUAUGACACGUCACGCGUCAUUCGCACCACCAAGUGCGAGUGCAAGUUUCACUGGUGCUGUGCUGUCCACUGCCGUGACUGUCACCAGCAGGUUGAUGUGCACACCUGUAAGGGCAAGAUAUGA